UUCAGUCAGUCAAUCAAGUCCACAGAAAAGUCGAAAUGGCCAAAGUGAAUGGGUGUGUUUUUUGCUCUCCUCGGUCGUCGCCGUUAGCCUGCUGAAAAACUGUAAUGUAAAGUGAUUUCGUUGGAUUCUUCCCCAUUACACGAAAGGAAACCUAUCGUUGUAAUUAGUGUCGUGUUUUGGUGCGUGUCCGACGUGGAACAAAGUGCAAAAAGUUUACCUGUUUGUGAGUGAAAACUUGCGUUGGAAGAAACAGUUCCCGACAGCCAUUCGUGUAAGAUCGAUUUUGGGCGUGUAAGAUUGUGCAAAAGUGAUCGAAAGAUAGCGAAAAUCCAAGUGAAAAGUGCGAAGCAGCUGAUGAAGUGAAAAUUUGUGUGAGUGGUGCACUUUUAGAUUCGAACCGAUUGAUGAGCCACACCCUAGUUGAACUCGAAAACACGAACUGAAACGGACGGACGGUCGAUCGAACGAAACGAAACUCGAAGAUUUCGCGCGCGCGGGUCCGCUGGAUUGGUGAUCCGUUGGGUCGAUUCCUGCAAAGCAGCAGAAGAGCUGACGCAGCUGCCAGGAGGAAAAUUGUUGAUUUGUUGAAAUAAUUGUUUAGAUUUAAGGAAGCCAACCGUAGAAUGUGCGGGGAAAUAUUGUGUGAAAUUAGUCAAUGAGUAUAGUAGGGUACUCUGUGAUCGUGUGUUGUAUGUUUUAACCAGGCUUCACACCAGAUGAAGAUCGAUUUACGAGUUUGCGAGAGUUAGGUUUUUUUUCUUGCGUUCUGUUAUUGCGCGAGUGAAUCGACGAGAGUGGGUGGCGUGUGGUGCAAUCGAAAGGAAGGCAAUGAAGGGCAUCAGUGGAAUAGAAAAAGCAGAAGCAGCAGCAGUGGCAGUCGGCAGAGUGUAAUGCAAAGAAGCCCCGAAGCUCAUCGAGAGUAAGAAGUCGAGUGAAAAGCAUGUAGGCCAGAUGUGAUUAGCCGGUCGGUCGCGAGUUAAUAUAACCAUAGUGGCGUUGUCGAUGUCCGUUUGUUGAUUUACUUUGGGUUUCUGUUAUCUGUUUUAGUCAUUUUCUUCAGUGAAUGUUCGUAUGUGUGUAAGCGUGCGUUUUAAAAGAGUCUCUUUGUUGUGAAAACGCGGGAGGAAAAACAACCCAAAGAAAAAAAGCAACCACUCACAACAGAACAGUGCAUCGGGUUGUGUGUCAGUGCCAAAAUUGUGAACGUAACAGAAAAUAGCAUCACAUUCGCAUAACGAGAAAAUAUUUACGCAUCGAUAAUCAUGUCGCUCGAUUCGAUGGGACCGUCGUCGGCCGUUGGCGGUGGCAGUUCCGGCGCCGUGGGAACACUGUCCGGCACCAGGAUGAUCCACUCACUUAGCACACCGUCCGGGGUGGACGGUAGCAUUUCGGCGUCGCACACGCGCGGCGGUAAGAAGCUGGCCGUUCGGAUCCAGAUGCUCGACGACACGGUCACCAUGUUUCAAGUUCAGGCCAAAGCCCUCGGAAAGGUCCUCUUCGAGCAGGUCUGCCGUCAGUUGAAUCUACUGGAGGCGGACUACUUCGGGUUGGAGUACCAGGAGGCUCCGUCCGGCACCAAGUAUUGGCUGGAUUUGGAGAAACCGCUAAACCGACAGGUUGGCCUAUCACUCAUAGAACCCAUGUUGCGGUUUUGCGUAAAAUUCUACACACCGGAUCCACUGCAGCUAGAGGAGGAGUACACCCGGUACCUGUUCUGUUUGCAAGUCAAGCGGGAUUUGGCUACCGGGAGUUUACAGUGCAAUGACAACACCGCCGCCCUGAUGGCUAGCUACAUUGUGCAAGCCUCUUGCGGAGAUUAUGCCCCGGAAGACUAUCCGGACCACACGUAUCUAUCGUCAUACCGAUUUGUGCCACAACAGGAUCACACCAUGCAGCGGAGGAUCAUGGAGAAUCACAAAAAACACAUAGGACAAUCACCGGCGGAAGCGGAUCUCAACCUGCUGGAAACGGCCCGGCGGUGUGAGCUGUACGGGAUGAAGAUGCACCCGGCCAAGGACCACGAAGGCGUCCCGUUGAAUCUGGCCGUCGCACACAUGGGCAUCGCCGUCUUCCAGGGAAUCACUCGAAUAAACACCUUCUCCUGGGCCAAAAUCCGCAAAAUCUCUUUCAAGCGGAAAAAGUUUCUCAUCAAGUUGCAUCCGGAGAACUAUAUGUACCACAAGGACACGGUGGAGUUCUUCUUCGAGGGUCGGAACGAGUGCAAAAACUUCUGGAAAAAGUGCGUCGAGAACCAUGGCUUCUUCCGUUGCUCUGCGGUUCAGAAUGUUCAGAGGCGGAAGGCGCGGGUCCUGUCCCGGGGUAGCUCGUUCAGGUACAGCGGCAAAACGCAGAAACAAAUCAUCGAAUUCGUCCGCGGCAAUUACGUAAAGCGGCAAACGUUCCAAAGGUCUCAGUCUUUCCGUCAGGGUCCUCUACAUUCAAGUAACCGAAGUCAAUCACGCACUUCAUGUAAUGUGAAUCAAAGCAUCUCGGCUCAUCCUUUACUUCCAAUCGAAACCGCGGAAUGGGAACGUCGCAGUCAGAGCAACGCCUUGAGGACGCCUUCUCAGAUGAGGAAACCAGUGGAUAUGGGGGAGGAUCACCGACCCGCCAGUCCUACCGGACAGGGCAAUCGUUCUCAGCUCACGGAAGCCCAGGUGGAGACCUAUCCGACGAGGAGCUAUGCCCAAAUGGGGGGCCUGGGAACAUCGGGGCCAAUGGACUCAUCCACGGCGGUGGACCAUCAUCAGGUGGGCCACCUCCAGCAGGACUCGAGUCGCUCUGUGUCUCCGGGGGGCACCUGGAGUUCUCCGUACCACCUCAACAACAACAACAACAACAACAACAGCAGCAGCAGCCAUGCGCGAGAAGCCGAUCGGGCUCGUGCACGUCAAGACGGUCACAGUUCCGGUCUGAGCCACCACAGCUAUGCCACUAUGUCCCCCAGUUACAUUCAUCGCAGCCACAAAUAUACCACGCAGCCGCAGCAGCGUCGGGCCUCAGUAGGGCCACUGGGCCAACCGGGGGAUCGCAGCAGUUCUAUGGGGGAGACAACGGUCUCCUCCACCAGCCGGGAGAGUGUUUUGUCGCCGGCGGACAUUCGCACGCGACGCUCUUCGGCAAUCCAGCCUCAGCCGGGAGCCAGCAGCUCUCAAUCCCGCAAUGCCACACUAGUCCAUUAUAACAAUACGAGUACCUAUUCGAUGUCUAAGUCGAUCAGUACCGGAACCGACCUGUCGGACGAUAUUGCCGAUAACAUUAUCUAUUCGGACAUUAACGAUCUCUACCAGCGCAAGCAACGGUCUGCGCAGAUUACUAUCAGUAGCUGUGCUAUCGUGAACGGCGGGAACGUUAGUGCUCCAGAAGACGAAGACGAAAUCAUGGAUGAGGUCAUCGAUGAGAAUGCCAUCCGUCAAUCGUACGCAGAUGACGAUGAAGACGAAGACGAAAUCGACAUCCGCUACGCUACGGCAACCCAAAUCAAAGCCAUGACGGGUGGAGGCAGCAUUCCGGCCCCAUCCAACGUUUCGAUCAGCAAUGUUAAAAGCAAUACCGUCGUCAGUGACGAUCUCUAUGCCACGGUUAACCGAAAGAGCAAAACCAAUAAACAACAGCAACAACUUCAGCAGCAGCAGCAGCAACAAUCACAACCAAUGCAAACUACCACUACGCAUCUAACCGGUAAACACUUCAGCGACGAGUUUAUAGACGAUAGCAUUAGAAACUACAAUAGCCAUACCAAUAUAAGCACCAAUGUAAACGCCUCUAGCUCCGGCCAUCUGAACAUGGCCAACGGCGAACUGUAUCCCAGAUCUUCAACCCAUUUUGACGACUAUUAUGGCGGUAACCGAUACUCCGACACAUCGGACUACUUCAGUCACAGCCAACCGCACUACUCCCACUCGCCGAAUUCGCACUCGCUAGCCACGACUAUAACGCACAAGAACGGACUUACCGACGACGACGAACGCUACUCCUCAUCCCAUCCACCCCCGAUUCACCCACGAACCUCCCAAUCACUACCCCGAAGCUCCGAACUCGCCAAAAUCGAUUCCCUGGAUUCGUCCUACAGCGGUGGCGGAACCGAUCAUAACUUCAUCGGUCACCACUCGCUCAGCAACCUUCCCAGUUCCGCCAAAGUCACCAGUGACUAUCUCCAUUACUCCUCUCUCCUGCAAAAGGCCGACGACGGAAUGAAUAGUAAGAAGACUUCCUCCGAACGGCUAGAGUACGAGCUAUCAAACGCCAACAUCUACUCUACCGUUCAGUACAAAGUCGGUUACGACGACCAAGACGAAUACGACGACGACUACAUUGGCGGUGGCUAUCCGAACGGUGUCGUUGGGAAGGACGUCUGGCGGCGAAGUACCUCGUGCAAGGAGCUGUACGAUUACAACUACGACGGCGCCGAGCCAGACUUUACGCUACUGGAGCGAGAGUUCCUCACGUCCGAACGGAUCGACAGUCCCGUAACGCGGUACGACGACUCGCGACACUCGAUGUACGUUCAGAAAAAUCACUCCACGGAUGUCAGCCAGGAGUUCCUGGCCAACGAAGGGAAGGUUUACUCCUCCAGUUACCCCGGAACGACCUACAAUACGAUCGAUCACAACAGCUACAAACGUCUUCUAGGGCAGUACUAUUCGAACUUUGAGUACGGCUCCCAGGAUGACAUCUCGCACGAUAGCUACGAACUGUUGGAGAAAUCUGAAGACGAUAUCUACAGCAAGGUGAAAGCUCAAUCAGAGGCCCAUACGCGAUCAUGCUCGCUGGACUCCGGAAACUACAUUCCAACGGAUGACGAGAGCUACUCAGAGCACCAUUCUCAUCAUGUCUCUCGGUACGCCAAGUAUCGCACCAGCUUGGAGAGCAAAUCCAAGAGCACUGCAGAUAUUGACGACUUGGACGACAUCUUUCUGAUGGAAGAUCCGAGGGACCUUCCGAGAGAAAAGUUAAGCGUCAAAUCGGAUGGAAACUUCUACAAGCAAAUCAAGAAAACAAUGGGAUCCAGGACUUCCAGUCCGGAAUCGCGCAGCGAUUGCUACGAAUCCAAACUAUCCAAAAGUAGUGAUUCCAGCAAGAAAUCCAAAGACAGCGUCUACCAUACCGAUAGCAAUAAAAAGUCCCGAGAAACUCUGAAGAGUAAAUCCGGAUCCGGGUUCAACUCUCGUACAUCCAGUCAAGAUUCUCGUGACUCCUUCGGAAUGGAUAUAUUGCUGACUAAAAACUACGAAAUGCCUACAACGACCAGCAAAAAAGCUAAAUACCUAAGUAAGCGCUUCGACAGCAGCUCGCGGAACUCCAGCCAAGAUUCCAAGAGUGACUACUACGAUGCCAAUGAGCAACCGAUCGAACUGGAAGAUCUGGAGUCGGACGAAAUCUACUCGCGACCCAAGAUCCAUUCCCACGAACACAUUCCCGGCGAAAUUGGAAUUCCCGUCAAGGACGUCCCUGCCGGUUUCUACGAUAAUCAAAUCUACUCGUCGACGUUCCCCAGUGCUCAGACGAAGCCUCCGACCAAGGCAACCUCGCACGUGACCUCCAUCUCGCUGCAGAACGUCGAGCUGGAUCGUAACGCGCGCAGCUACUCCGCCUACAAAUCGCCCGACCCGGUACUGCUUCAAGCGAUACCAAAACCAAUUGAGAAGCAACCUCCGAAGGCGACACACAUCUGGCCGGAAGAGAUCGAAGGAAUACCGACCACCAUCAGCAAUAGCAGCAGUGAUACCCAGCGGGUCGACCGUACGCGAGCCUUCCGCAAAAAGUCCGACAGUGAGAACAUUUUCAGUUUCGACAAGGAGAAAAUCGAAUCCUUGACCAGCAGCAUGAACGACGAAACACCGACUACGGCAAUCUUGGUGGAAGCCAAGGCGAAAACCAGUCCCGACUACCCAUUAACUCCGGAACUGUUGUCGGAGUUUGAUAAACAAAAGAUCGAAUCACCGCAUGCCCUUCCGAAGCAGACUCGCAAGGAAGAACUGAUGGCGAAGACCCAUUUCGAAGAAUACAACCCCAAACUGAUCCUAGAUGCUCCUAUUCCGGGAGUCCUCACCUAUACCCACGCCACGGUCGAGAGGACUAAAUCUGACCCCAACUCGUUGGCAAAUCGCCCUCGGCUCGGACCAAAUUCGCGUCGCCACACUCUGAUGCAUCAAAAGUCGAUUGACCUAACUCCGGCUGACUCCAGCGAGGAAGAGUACCUCUACAAACAAAUUCCCAGCGCUCCUCCCCUUUGCAAGACCCACGGUAGUCACUUUGAAAUUCCUCAAACCUACGAUAUAAACAUUCCGACCGUCGAGCUACCUCUGAACGGGUUCGAAGUUCCCAAGAGCUUUUUCAAAGAGUACGAUCGACGAGUUCACAAGGUGCUCAAAGAUGACAUUCCUUACGUGCUUCACAAACGUCACAUUAUGAACGGAACUGCUCCCUCUCCGUCGCAAGAGAAGCAGCAUCGAUAUCCGAAACCGAAGAGUCCCAAGUCUCCCAAGAGUCCUAAAUCUCCCAAGUCUCCCAAAUCCCCAAAGAUCGAAGUUCGAGAUGUUUCUACACAGAAAGAAAACACUUUACGGGUCCAGGAUGACUACGAAAUUGAGCCCGGCGAAAGUGGGCAAGGCUUCUUGUUCACACAGAACAUCGACCUCUCAAAGGUAGACCCCGUCACGCUCGAGGUAGACAAGUCCGCGCAGACCAUUCAACUGACCAGCCCGAAGCGCGAUAUUACCAAGAAGAUGGAUCCCCUCUUGCUGGAGCAACUCAGCAACAAACUCAGUCAAAUUGAGAGUGACUCGGCCACGAGCUCCCGAACGGACAGCAAUCAACAUAAGAAACUUGAACCCAAACCUGUUGAGCUGCCCUAUCUGAUCGAGAAGAAGCAUAUCGAGUUGACGGUACCGAAACGCGUUGCAAAACCUCGAAUGGCUCCGGUGAAGAAUAAACCAGGUAAGGGUAAGAAGAACGCCAAAACUCGAAUUACAUCAUUCUCGUCAGACGAUGAAAGUCUGGAUUCGGACGACGUUUUUGGAUCGGCGGAAGCCAUGCCAACCCGACUGGAAUUUUCACCACCACAAUCGAGGAAAGAGAUCGAACCGAUCCUGAAGCACGAAUCCAGUAAAAUGGCUUCUAAUGCCUGGGCUCGUGGACAAACGAUGAGCUCCACGGAGAUCGAAGGAUCGCCACCACAGUGCCGGAAAUUGGCAGAGCUCGAAAGUCGCUACAAUACGGGAACGAAUCUGAACACUCACCAUAUGACCAGUUCGGAACUUAGGAGAAUCUCCGAGCGAUCGUUCUCGAUUCCCAGCUCCGAAGAUGAAGCUAAAAAGGAAGAGACAACGACCAAAGCGUACCACAUGACGGAGAAGAUCCCAUCACCUAUAAUCGAAACCAACGAAGUCCACCGCACUGACGAUGAUAUGUACGAAACGGCCCGUGAAGACAACUUGGGGUUCAUGAAAACCUUGAAGAAAGACUUGGGUAGAAAGUUUAAAGAAGAUUUGCAAGCAUUGGCACCGAAAACUGAGUCCAAGCUGUCCCCUUCCCGUACAAAACUGAUCGAAGAGAUGAUCGAUUCAUCGAUUAUUAUGCGAUCUAAAGGCCACGCACCGAUCUUGUUUGCCCAUGCUCGCUUGAAUCUUAGUGAGGGAUCAGCCUUUGCAUCGCUUCAACGACAGAAAGCUACUCAAGAUUCACCGACCUCGGGUCGUCGUGCCAAGAGUUUGGACACUCCAGUAAUCUCGCUACAUAAACUUCCACCGAUGAAUGCAUUCUCAUCGAAAGACGAUACCGUGGGUUACGAAGAGGAAGCGGAAAUCCUGGAGGUGAAACCCCUGCAGAAGAAGGAGCAAACCAUUGAGGAAGAACUAGAUGAAUCUGUGCACUCGUGUGCCGACGCAAUCGUAGUUACCGAUAAUAAAGCGUCUCGGCAGACAUCCACCGUCGACGAAGAGGUUAAGAUGGUCCAGAUCGAUGCCGACGAGUUGGAGCUGUUGGAUAGAUUAAAGUACAUCGAAAAGAUCGAACUUCAAGGAGUGAAGAUCAAGGAGAAACGUAAAACGAAAACCAAACUCAAGAGUGGAGAUCAACUGAUCCUGGAGAUCCCCAGGUACAAGUUCGAACCAUUUAGUUCGGGAAACAGUUCGCUAAAGACGUCACCAGCGAUCAGUCGUGCAAGUAGUGUCGAAAGUACAGGUAAAGGUCGCCAGAAAACCGAUAGUGGCACGCAGACUCCUACCGGAGGGCAAUCGGCAGUCAAGCAGAAGUGCAAAUCAACCAGUCCCAAAGGAUCGGAGAAGAUUCCACAGCCGAAGCGGCGCGCUUCGGAUGAAAUCAAAAAUAUUUCCUCGAACGAUAUUUUACGAACCAAAAGCCAAGAGACAUUAGGUAAGAGAUCAAGCAGUAAGGAGAAAUCAAAGUCGCUGGAGAAGAUGGAGUUGAAGCGACUGGGAAGCAAAGAGAAGAAGUCAGUCGUGGAAAGUGAGUUGGAACGAGCUAGGCGCAAGGAACGACAGCAGAAGUUGUAUGAGUCGGCAAUGAAACAGACGAUCAAUCUGUUGAGUCCGGUAAAGGAUCAGUUGCCUCAAUUCCCAGCACCGGAGGACAAAAUAUCGGUCAAAACCGAAGGCGAUAAAAUCAUCAUCGAUGCGGAAGUGAAAUCGAAACCGGAGGACCUGGUGUUCAUUGCCAAGGCUCCUCGGAAGCUGGAUUGUUCUCUGGCGAAAAUAAGUCGCAGCUUUGAGGAUCAAAAAAGCGUAGAAAAACUGGAUAAGGCCAGUCGUAGUUUUGAUGACCGUGGCAAAUCGUUCGAUGACCAUUCGGAUCGUUCGGCUGCUGAUGACAGCAGCAGCAUCGUAUUGAAAUCACCGGCAAAGUUGUCCAAGAGUCAAGAGCUGAAGCAGAUAAUCGAAGGCUCGGUGGUUCACAAGAAGAUUGAAGGUAAGUCCAAGAGCUUGGAGAAGAAAUCGGAAUCGCAGUAUUUGGAUAUUGAGUACAAAACGCGGAGUCUCGAUCAGAACUAUAUCGACAACUAUGCGGAAACUACUUCACCCGAUUCGGAAGGUCAACCCCAUUCGAGGAAUCAAGAAGUGGUUAAGGUGGAUGUGCAUCGUUCGAAGAUUGAAUCUGACUCGGAAUAUACGCGGGGAAGGAAAUCUACGGAUAGCGAUAGCAAAUCCGCGGACGAUCGUUCACGAUUCGAUAAAGGAAAGAGCCUGGAUAACAACUUGAGCAAUGGAAAGGAUAAGGCUCCAGCAAUAGAACGUCGUUCUCAAUCACAGCCAGAUGAAUUUACCGGAGAAAUCGACAUGCAAGACAUCAUUACCGAACGAAGAACGCUAGACCUCAUGAAAAGACGGUCGGAGGAAAGGACAUUCGACUCGACUAGCACUCUGACGGAUAACGAAGAUCAGAAACCGUCCAAGGCGGGAAGUGAAGAGUCAUUGACUGAGGUAAGUGAAAUGAAAGGAGAUCUGAAGGAUUCCUAUUUGCCUUGUCGUGUACCAACGAUUGAGUAUGAAGAACCAUCGAUCGAGGAAGAACUAGAAGUCGAACAAGAGCAGAAACAGGAACAGCGCCCAAAUAAGAAGGAGAUCAUGGGAAAACUCAACCUGGAGAGAAGCCGAAGUGAUGAAACAACUUCUUGGGUCACCAUCGGUAGCGAAGAAUACACGGGAACUGAUGGAAUUAGCCAACCGGAAAUGGAAGAAACAGAAGGAGGACGAAAAAUGGAGAGUCAGGCGACGUUUGACGAUAUCAAGGAUAUCACCAUGCCGGAAUCGGAAGUAUCUACAUCAGAUGUUACCAUCAUACAGACGAAGAAGAGUACUUCUGAUAAACCAUUCGACCGACCAUUGCCUCAAAUUCCCGAAAAGAAAAAGAAGAAGGAUAAAUCCCCGACUCGCGAAGAACCGAAGGUCAUUCAAGAUGAAACGGAAGGCAAACAGGCAUCUGAGCGUAGAGGAGAUUUCCUGCGACUUUCCAUAGAGCGGUCUCGUAGUUCAGAUACGGGAUCAAGCCGUGAGAAUGAAAACAGUCCCGUCCGACAGGAUUCUAGUACUCCCCGUGGAAAAGGAUCUCUAGAUGAGGAAUCCAGCUUGAGUUGUUCGAUUGCAAGACCUUUGGGAAUAUCGCAGGAUAUGGAUUCGAUGGACCACAUUAAAUGUCACGAAUUGAGGGAAGCCAUGCUGAAGAUGGAAGAGACAGAGGACGUUAAGACUCCUACGAAGAAGUUCUCGCCAACGCUGGAAAAGCAAUGCCCCGUAGAUCUCGGGUCCGGAUCGGAAUUGGACGUCGAUACCGUAGAAGAUCGCAUUGCAAGAAUUCUUCAAAGAGAAGAAAGCGAGUCCAGCUCCGAUAACGGUGCUACCCAAAAGCCGAAGGUUGUCAAACCGGUUCGAUCGACUCUGAUCCAUAAAAAGGUCUGCCGAACGGCUCAACCGAACGAAAAACAACAACAGCAGACGACGGCUGAGCUGAAAACUGGUACGCUGAAGCUUCUUAGCGCCAACGGAGACAGAAGUUCGCUGGAGUCCAAAUCUAGUCUGGAGUCGAAAGGGUCAUUGGGAUCAUUUGAAACCGAGAGUAGUUCAGGUUCGCUGGGAGCAGCUCAACGGAAAGGUGAUCUAGGGCAAAAGGAAGCCAUGUCAACGUGGAAACCGUUCCCCAUUGAGAGUUCCGGAAGUUCCAGCGUCGAAGAGAAUUGGCUUCCACCGGAUCAGGAAAGCUACGAGAGCUACGAAAUCGCCACGGAAACCAUCGAAAUACAGCGAGUUGCACCUCCCGACGAGAAAGAAUCCUCACCUGAUGAGCAGAAGGAAAGUGAUUCGGACUUUCAAGACGAACUAAAUGACUUUCCUGCCACUUUCGGUUACCCGGAGAUGACUUCCACGCUGGGUAUCACAAUGAACCCGGUGGAUAUUCUGGGUUAUGGAACUGGAUUCACUAUUGGUCGAACUUUGUCAAGAAUCUCCGAAAGAAGUACAAAUUCGGAAAAAUCUAGCGCAGAAGACAACGAAGCGGAGAAAUCCAGCCUUGAGGACUUGAGCGUCCAUGACGAAUCGGCUAUUUCCAGCGAACAUCAGGCGAGUCUUAGCUCGGAUUUGCAUUCCAACUCCAACCCUGCGUACAUUUCGGAUGCCGAUCGUCGAACAUCUGCUGAAAUGCCGGACAUACCAUGCGAUUCUGCUGCAGCGGAACGUCUGUCAGAGAUUUACCAGAAUAACGUUGUAAAAAGUGGUCGCUUCACGGUAUCGAAUGUGUCGGAUAGUACUACUAAGGAGGAAGAGAAGCCCAACUUGCAGUUGUUGUCUAUCGGUGGAAGUCAGGAUUCGGAAGAUUGGCCUUUGCCGGAGAUACCUUACGACAAUACUCCGAUCGAGAAAUAUGAUACCUGCUUUAUUCCACCUUAUCCGGAUAAACCGUACCCGAGACACCAAUGGGCAGGUUCAGCUGCGACUGGUCAAUCUCAGGAAUCGGAGAACUGGCCUACUCCACCGUCGAGUAUGCUAGAUACUCCAAUUGUUGAGAAUGUCCAAACGUUCCGUGUUUGUGAAGCACAGCACCCUACCCAAGUGAUGGUCGAAUCGUAUACCGAACCAACCGGAGACGAUGACUCUGACCCGGACUAUGCAGAAGUUCCUGACGAGGCUCCUGAACCUCCUAAGCGGGACUACAGCCUCGCAAAUAUGUCAAAAGCCAAAAACAGUGUAACGGGAUCUCCUUCGCUAUCGAUGGUGGUUCCGUCCGAAAAUACGGCCUACCUGAUGUCUGCAACGAGCGAACCUUCGCCAUACGAAGGUUACGAAACCAACACUUGCCUGAGUAGCGCCCUAGGGCCGGCCAGUUGUCUACGCACAACGUUCGAUGCCUGUUCGAGUCAGAAAUCUUUCUCGAAUCAAGGGAUGGCCAAGGAGACCAGUCCUGACAAAGUCAUUAUAUCGCAACCAACGAAAUCACCACAAAACCUAAGUCCAAUCACCGACGAUGAUUUCUUCUUCAACGAUGAAGUCUUCGGUCCGGGAACAGUCAAGAUCGAAAUAUCUCCCGAUGACAGUAAGCCUUCAUCGGACUUCACGGUUCAGCAGAAGUUCUCGCGAAGUUCCAACAACUCGGACACUUCGAUCGACGAUCUACUGUCGACUUCAUGCGGAACUUACAUGGAGGAAACGGUCCGUCGGAACCUGGAACCACGACGACUAAGCAACGAAUCCUGCAAGAAGUGUAGCCAUAGCAGUCAUUCCGAAGAGGAAACCAGUUCCUUCGGAACCGAUCUCGACGGAACGGUCAAGAUGGGCUUGCAGCAAAAACGCUGCACCCACAGUUCUCACUCGGAGGAUACUUCAAUUGGUCUUAGCAUCUCUGAGUGGUCAACUGGUACCAACACGGUAAGGCAGUACGCGAAUCUAUCCGGAUCGGACAGUCUGUCGGCGGUGUCAAACCAUUCCGGGAAUGCCAAAAGCGAAAAAUCCAAUCACACCAAGAGUAGCGUAAGUUCGAUUCACAAGUCUACGGAGAGCUUGGAUGAGAAGAGUGCCAGUCUGUCGAGUAGCAACAAUAAGCGGUUCUCGUUGGAGAAUAUCUCCGACGGGCCAAAGUACGAACCGUUCAGUAAUUCUACGGAUACGGACAAGUUUUCGUCGGGAACGAAGAGCGAUGACACUACGCUUACGUUAACCGAGAUGGCACAGACCAUUACGGAAUGGUCGACUAGUAGCAGCAAUACGUUGAUUGCCCAGGCAGACGCCUUGAAGCAUUUGGAAUCUAGAGGUGAUAGACCGAUGACCAGGACUACGUUUGAGUAUGUUCCACUGAAGCCACCGAAAAUAGUGAAAAAGCCCGGUUUGGAGGAUAACAAGAACUUGCCGGCAGUUCAUGCUAAGCCGAAACCGAAACCGAUACCUCAUGUAGAGGUGACCGUUACACGUUUUGAUCCAAAACCGCCUCCACCGGAUUUAAUUCCGAAAACGAUCGAACGGCCUUUGAAAAUCCCACCCAAGAUAGUAGAUAUGAUUGAAAAGUCUCCCAAACGAGCAACUCCUCAACCGGUACCAAUUCAGCAACAACCGCUGCCCCAAUCGAUGAGACCUGGCGAGGGUGCACCAGCUACCGAUCCCGCACCUGAACCAUCCAUAGCUAAUAGUAAACGAAGAACCUUGGAAAUGAUGUCUCAGCGCUACGUUAGCCAAGAUUUCUCCGAAUCCGAACCCUUCAGCGAAAAGCUCUACAGUCAACAAGAGAAGCAUACCGAACGAUACCAGAGCCAAGAAUUUGUCACUCCUCCACAGAAACCACCCCGUGGAGAUUCCCUACCCACUGGGACUUCGGUCCCGAUGGUCGAAAAGCCACUUGCCAAGCAUCACAGCUACGAUGACAAGACCCUGUCGAAGUCUCAAAUCCGCGAAUACAAAUCCUCAAAAAUGCGUCACAGUCAAUCGUUCCACGAACAUUUGGUCUCAUCCGACCUGAACAAGAUUGUCGAAGAAAACAUGGGCAGUUCGUCGACUACGACAACACACAGCAGUGAAGCUACAGAUAACUCUUCGCCCAUGUUCCCUCGACCAGAGAAGUUAAUUCGCUGUUCACCGUACUAUUCUAGCAGCUUAAGCUCGGAAUCACCACCGAUACAGCCAAUGACACAACCGCCGGUACAGAAGCCUCCUCGUAGGACUUCGCUUCCCCGUAAUAUGGCUCCUAAGAGCCCUCCCAGCGGUAACGAUACGGAUAGUUCGCUGGAUUUGCGACAACAGGAUCCCAAGCUCCGAUCCCGGGGAUAUCGGAAGAAACGAACGGUUCCGUUGAAGAAAAGCCGGUUAGAUAAUCGACCCUUAGAGCACCAGGAGAGUUCCGAGUGUUCCGAGGGGUACUUCCCUGAAAUGGAAUCGGGCAGUUCCGAUGUUAUCGAACAGCAGUAUCAUCGUUACCCAGACUUAGAGGAGGCGCUCGAGCAGUUACCCGAAGAUUACGAGGACGAGACUUACCGAGUGGAGAGCGAGCGAGAUUUCAAGAACGGAGCUGGAGUCUAUCCGAGUGCGUCGUACUCGAAUAAGUUCGAGGGUUUGGAUAUGACCGAGAAUGUCGACGAGAUGGGUUUUCCACGGUACGAUCGGUUGGGUCAUAUUACAAAUCCACAUCUGUACAAAUCGGACACUCCUUCGCCGCCGGUGAAACCUCUGAGGCAACGAAAGCGACAGGUCAAGCGAGAUGAAGCGGACACGGAGUACACCGGAGUCCAGUAUACACCGGAAAGCGGUAGCUGUUCGGAAACCAAGGCCGGUCUGUCCGACGAUGUGUGCUACUCGAGUGAAGACAGCUUCGCGGCGGGAUAUCAGCAUAUCCUGAUUGGAGGUUCCCGCUAUCACAAGAACGUCGAGAUACCGUAUCCGGACUUUUUGUCCGACUAUGAAAACGAAUCGUCGUCGGCAGGUUCGUACGCUCGACGUAUGGAACACGACCGGCGACGGUACGUUGAAAUGGAACAUGGUGGCGUCGUUCCAAGCAGCUUUCAGGACUCGGAGAAGGGUGCCGAAGGGCUAGGGUUCGAUCUGAAGGCACUUCCACCUCCGAUGUUUGCCGAAGAGCUCGACGACGAAGACGAAGAGAACGAGGUGGAAGAUAAUGCCAUCUAAAACGGGUGCAAGCGAAGACUGAGUGAUGCCAAAUAUGAACGAUACGAGGAAAACGCUGAAACGAACGAAUCAGACGUCGCUCCGGGGGUCAACAAUAUGAGGGAAUGGGAAGGAAGAGCCUAAUGGGGGGGAACGGAGCGACAUCUAUUAGUGAGAUUUUAUACUAACUGUCAUCGAGUGUCGUCAUCUCGUAGAGAGGGUCGUUUGAAAUGUGACAAUUUUAAACAGUAAACAUUAAAAGCUAUAUGUCGUUAGAUAAUGGGUUGAAGAUUUUAAAUAUAUGCGGUUGGAUGAAGGCAGUUAUCGAUGGAUGAUAUGAAAAAAAUAUAUACUCUAGCUGUUAUUUCAGUCUAAUCAAAGUUUAACAAAUAUACAUAAAAAAUAAAUAGUCUCAAGUAAGAUGCAUUUAUAAUAACGAAUAAAUCAUUAAAAUACAAGUAGGAUUAGUGAUCUAAAUGAAGUACCACGUAUCUCAUUUUCGCGCCUUUUUUGGGUUGUUUAUGACUUUUGUACGGAAAAUUGGUGCCAAAUUGAUCCAUGAAUCGUUUGUUUUUUUAUUCCUUUGACGGAUCAAAUUCCAAUAAAUCCCAAAUGGCAAUUGGCAAUUUGAGCUUCUACGGUAUCAAACAAAGAGCUCACAAAUACCACCGCCUAGAGUAAGUUUAGUAUGUUAUUAGCUAUUGAGUUUUACUCAAAGUCAGUUGAAUGUGAUUGGAGUUGUUUUCAAAUAAGUCGUUCGUUUGAAUCGCUCUCGAGCGAUCGUAGUAGCCCGGUGAACUGUUGAUUUUGACACUUGCGUAGCAAGUUUAUUACGUUAUCUUUUUUUUUUUUUUUGCUAUCCAAGUAAGCUGUGCAUUAUCUACAUCUCUACACCUUCCGCGAGAGCGCGGGUAUUCUAGGAAAUAGUCGUAGGUAAAGUAUUCCGACAAAGCAUGCUAAACAAUUGUUAUACUCUCACUCAAACCAUAUUUAAAAGAAAAUCUAAGAAAUGCAUUUAGGAUCAGAAUUUUAGAUAUCAUACAUAGGAAGGACUCACACAUUAAAACAAAAUGGGAACGAUCGAGAAGGGUAUCGAAAUGAGUAUUUAACAAAAAAAAAAUGGGAAGCAGGCAAACGAUGAAGGCCGACAAAGCAGAGAAAACGAAAGCGUCCCAAAAUGUCUAUUGUUGUGGUGGUUGUUAAGUGAAACAAAAGUACUCAUUCGUAAAAGGUUUAAAUGACUAAAUCGUUUGAAUAAGGAACAGCUUGUGUGUAACGAAAAGAGUUAAAACUUACCGAAAAUGUUUGUUAAAUGAUUGUUCCAAGAAGGUUAUAUCUAGUAAAAUGAUAAGUGAAAAAAAGGAAAUAAUUUGCUGCUUCAAAAAUACAACAACACAAGUGAUAACCGUGUGUCAAAAUAUCUCGAGCCAAACAAAAACGAAGCUAACCUAACCGUUAUGAAUAAUUCUGUUUGCAUGGAAAUUGUGUGGUGGUCUAACUACUUCUUCCAGUGUGUACCUUUUACCUGACGCAACCUGUUUUGGUCAACCCAGAAUGUUUUCCUACAAUUUAAUAAGUUCGAAUUUAUUGACAGCAAUUCUAUCUAAAACAAAAUAAUAAUAGAGCACUAUAUUAUCUAUUCUCGAAUUAAGAAAGUUUAUAUUAAUGAUAAAGCAAGCAAAUACAAGAACGAUAUAAAAUGUUUUAUAACGAAUUUUUGUCUUUUGAGAUGAUUUAAUCGAGUGAUAUCGAUAAGUAAUAACAAUUAAAAUUAUCCAUUUGAAAAAAGCAAGAUACUUAACGAUAUAGUUUAUUAUAGUAAUGUUGUUUACUGAAAUCAAAAGAUUCAAAUAUAUUGACAGAGGAAAAGAGAACUAUUACAGCCAAUAAGUUUUUAUUGCAUAGCUCAAAGUAACCAGAGUACCGAUUAGUAAGCGCAGAAUAGAACAAUCGAUUAGAGUGGUGGUACAGUGCUGCAGAAAAAGGCUAAAGAAAGAGCGUAUAAAUGAAAAAAAAAAAAAACAAACAGAAAUAACAUUAACGAACAA